CAACAGCCAUCUUUUUGCCUGGCUGGCUGGCAUCGCAUUUGACGAGACAACUUGCUUGCGUGCUUCACCUGUUGUGCGCGCUCCUUCCCACCUCGCCACCACCCUGCCAACCGUCGACACGAUGAUGAGCAUCGACUACCAGCUCACCGGCAUCUUGCUGGCAAUGCUGCUGACUGUUCGCUACUUUGUCGAGCGGAACAAGGAUCGAUACCCAGCAGCCAUCAACUUCUUCAAAGUGUUCUGGUUCCUCGGCUGCUCCAUCAACGAGUACCUGAUCCUGUUCAAGCAGCCUUUCAAGCCACCGUUCUUUGGCGGCGAGUACUCCGUGGACGGAUACCAACACGACGAUGUCGUCAACUCCAUCUAUGCGAGUGGCCUCGCAUUUCACCUGCACAACACCAUCACAUCCUUCUUCGUGCCCGAGACGCGGGCCAUGUACAUUCAUCACGUGGUCACCCUGUCCCUGAUCCUGGGGUCGGCCUACCACGGCGCCACCUGCAUGGGCAGCUUUGUCCUCUUUGUGCACAACGUUCCAGAUGUCUUCAUCGCGUUGGCAAAAGCGUCGACCAAGUUUGACAGCAAGAUCUUCACGUACGCGUCUGGCAUCCUCGCCCUCGUCUCCUGGCCCAUCUUCCGCCUCUACUUUCUCGGACACAUUGCCAUCUUCACCUACUACAACUUCCACACCACGCCCGCUGCUCUGCGCGUGUAUGUUGGCCUGCUGUGCGCGCUGCUGGCUCUUCAUCUCUACUGGUAUGCCCUUCUCGUCAAGAUCUUCCUCAGCUUCAAGGCGUCCGGCGAGGCGCUGGACACGAGCGAGCACGUAUCGCAGCAGCACCUGCAAAGCACAAUGAAGGACAAGACGAGCAAGAAGAAGAAGAAGAAGACGACAUAAUCCCGCGCCCCUCCGUUCUUCAGCAGCAUUCGACAGCAGCAACGCGCUCCGACAACAACAGACGUACACGGGCACACAUGCAACCUCAAAGUGCAUGCACUCACGCACACGCGUGUGUCUCAACAUCACAUGCAUAUACACACACUCGCAUGCGUACAUAUGCGUACACAUGCGUGCCCCCAUCUCUCCCAUCCGAGUGCAAUGACCAAGCGUUUUUGUGUCCGUGCACCGUCUCAAACACAGCAUGCUUCGCGCUCCCAUCACAUCAUCCCACACUGUGCCGUGUUCUAUUUAACGUCUGUGACGUAUGUACCGUUUGCAUGAAUGAAUGAACCCCUGUGCGUGCGUGUGUGUAUGUAUGUAUGCGUGUGCGUGCGUGUGUGUAUGUGUGUGUGUGUGUGCAUGCGCGUGCGACUUCUUGUAUGCGACUUUUUUGUUUUGUGUGUGUGCUUGUGUACGUCUUCACUUUGGUGUGUAUGCGACUCCUCGUGUGUUUUGUGUGGUGUGCUUGUACAUCCUUGUUGCCUGUGUGCUGCGCGCGAUACGUUAGCACAUUGCAUCUGUUGUUCGCCCUUGUCUCUGUGCCUCGCUCUCUGUCUCUUUACUUGCUUGUUCGGUGUACAUGAAAAGGAUAACAAAGCAAAGCACCAUCGCAAGCAGCGAGCAUCAUCACCAGGAGAAUAGAAGGAAGAAGG